AACUAGCAGAGCAAUGGAAGGAAAGGGAACUCUGAAAGAACUUGUACAGCCAACUCCACUGUUGAGCGUUGCUGUGGCUCUUACUGGAACUAAAAACAGUGUAAUGCUGAUUAAAUGGGCAUUGGAGAGCUUCGUUUCAGAUGUGAAGGUUCUAUUCAAGCUGCUACAUGUUCGUGCACCAAUCAAAUCAACUGAUCAAGAUGAUAAGUUUAUGGUUCGAUGCUUUCCUGUCGCACAAGUGCAUGAAGAUAUGGUAGCAAAGUAUAAGAAAGAUGUGGAAAGGCAAACGACUGCAAUGUUUCUUCCCUUCAAGCAACUCUGUACGCAAAGAAAGGUGGAAGUAGAUGUUACGGUGAUUGAAGGAGAUGAUAUAGCAGCUGCAAUAAUGAAAGAGAUCGCUUAUUCCAAAAUUACGAAGAUUGUCAUUGGAGCUUCACCGCGUACCAUGUUUACAAGGAAAGUUAAGAGCAAUAGUAUAUCCUCAAGAAUCUUGGAAGGUGCUCCAGGCUUUUGUGCGGUGUAUGUUGUAUCGAAAGGAAAUUUGUCUUCCAUGCGCCCAUCAAAUCCAGAAGUGAGUCCAAAUACCAAAGGUGAAAGAGAAAGUGAUGCAGUUGAUCCUAACAGCAGGCGCUCCAGUUCCGCAGCUUCUUACAUUGAGCAACCAGAUAAUGGAUCAAGGGUAUUUGGCAAAGCAUCCACAUUAGAAGAUGAUGGAUCAGGCCUAUAUGAUGAAGAAUUCACCUUCAGCCCUGCAAUGGAUCCUACUGUAUCGAGGCAAUUUGAUAAAUGGUUUAUGUUUGGAUCAAAGGUAAGUAAAGUGUCCACCGGUAAUGAUAAUGCAUCAAGGAUAUCUGAUAAGGGACUCCCCUUGGAAGAAACUGGAUCAAAGCCAUUUCAUAGAAGAUACACCUCUGAUACUACAAUAGACACUACCGGAUCAAGAAGAUUUGAUAAAGGGUCCAGCUUUAAUACAGCAAUUGAUACUGGAUCAAGGGUAUUUAGUAACACCUUAGAAGAGAACAGAUUAAAGGGGUCAACCUUCGGUGCUUUACUGUGUACUACUCAAUCAAUGCCACCUGCUAAAGCAUCCACCUUCGAAGAUGAGAGAUCAAGGGAAUUCUCCAUCAAAGGCUUCACCUUAGAAGUUACAAAAGAUAAUGUGUCAAAGAUAUUUGAUCAAAUCACCAUGUUAGAAGCUCCAGAGUCUUCUUCUUCAGAUAGUGAGGAUGAUAUUGUACAAGAGUUAGAAGGACUGGGAGUUGACCGUGGACUCCUCAACACACUGUAUUCAAAAUCUCAGAGGGAGACAAUUGAUGCUUCUUCUCCGAAAAAAAAUAAUCCAAGUAGCCACUGGAUGGAACAAACAGUUAAACCCCAUAAGGAAACCGUCAAGGAGGAUAACACCAGAGAAUUAGUUAGACCAGAGAAAGAGGAGGAGGAAGAUGAAGCUGUGAAGCAGACAGAAGUUGAGAACAUGAGGGAAUGGGUUGAAGCUGAAACCAAAUCUGAUGCUAAAAAGAAAAGAAAGCUUGACAAGGCCACCAUCCUGCGUUCUGAUGAGCUAUGCAACAUGUUCACAUGGGAAGACAUAGUGUCAGCAACAUCGUCCUUCUCUAAUGAUCUUCUGAUUGGAAGGGGGAGGUCUGGGUCUGUUUACAAGUGUAAGUUGCAUCACACCACAACAGCUGUGAAAGUCCUUCACUCCAAGGAGAGUCACUGGACUGAGCAAUUCCAUCAAGAGCUUGAGAUCUUGAGCAAAGUCCGCCAUCCCCAUGUGCUUCUUCUUCUUGGUGCCUGUCCUGAGCAUGGUUGCCUAGUUUAUGAGUACAUGGAGAAAGGCAGUCUGGAUGACAGGUUGCUUCGGAAGGACAAUACACCCCCAAUCCCAUGGUUUGAGAGGUAUCGAAUAGCCUGGGAAGUAGCCUCUGCUUUGCUUUUCUUACACAAUGCAAAGCCCAAAGCGAUCAUUCAUCGUGAUCUGAAACCAGCAAACAUCUUGCUUGAUCACAACUAUGCGAGCAAGAUAGGUGAUGUAGGCCUUUCCACGUUGCUUCCUGCAAACAAUGCUACCGUCUUCAAGGGAACAAGCCCUGUUGGGACACUCUGCUACAUAGAUCCUGAGUAUCAGAGGACGGGAAUGAUCUCACCCAAGUCUGAUGUUUAUGCAUUUGGUAUGGUAAUCCUGCAGUUGCUGACUGCAAAACCUGCCAUAGCACUGACCCGAUUUGUCAAAAAAGCACUAGACAAUGGUCACUUGAUGACCAUCUUGGAUUCAGAGGCUGGGAACUGGCCGGUUAAAGAAACUCAGGAAUUAGCUGCACUGGGGUUGAGCUGCACUGAAUUACGACAUUGUGACAGGCCUGACUUGAAAGCUCGAAUCCUUCCAGUCUUGGAGAAAUUGAAAGGGAUUGGUGAAAGAGCUAGAGAUUCAAUGCCUCGUGCUCCUUCAUCUCCUCCACAAUACUUCAUUUGCCCGUUACUCCAGGAUGUAAUGGAUGAACCUUGUGUUGCCGCAGAUGGAUACACGUAUGACCGCAAAGCUAUAGAGGUGUGGCUCAAAGAUAAUGAUUAUUCACCAAUGACUCAUCUGCCCCUAUCCAGCAAGAACCUCUUACAAAACUUUACUCUUCUCUCCGCAAUUACGGAGUGGAAGUCCAAAAAACAGUAACACCAGCCAUUCCACUCAUUCUUUCUCUCAAUACCAUUACCUGUUCCUGUACAGAGAUUACAAUUUCUCACGGGAAGGGAAGUUGAGGUCUGGUCAUUUUAACAACUGUACACAUUCUGUCAAAGUUAUUUUUGUUUGCACUAGAGAUUUGGGAACUUUCUUUGAUCUCAAAUAUGAUUAUGUUAGCUGACACAUUGUAUAUAAUACAAAGAAGAAUACCAUUACAUGUUAGUUGAAUUGUCUAA